GCGCGGCGGGCCCCGCCGGCGGGAUGAUGCGCUCGCAGUGCCUGCUCGGCCUCCGGGCCUUCCUCGCCUUCGCCGCCAAGCUCUGGGGCUUCGUCCUCUACCUCCUGCGCCGGCAGGCCCGCACCGUGAUCCAGUAUCAAACCGUGCGCUACGAUAUUCUUCCUCUUUCCAAAGUCUCACGGGAACGACUCAACCAGGUGAAGAGGAAAAUCCUUGUCUUGGACCUGGAUGAGACACUGAUCCACUCCCACCACGAUGGAGUCCUGCGGCCUACGGUGCGGCCGGGCACUCCGCCCGACUUCAUCUUGAAGGUUGUCAUAGACAAGCAUCCGGUCCGUUUUUUUGUACAUAAGAGGCCGCAUGUGGACUUUUUUCUAGAAGUGGUGAGCCAGUGGUAUGAGCUCGUCGUCUUCACAGCCAGCAUGGAGAUCUACGGCUCUGCCGUGGCAGACAAGCUGGACAACAACCGGAGCAUCUUGAAGAGGAGAUACUACAGACAGCAUUGCACUUUGGAGCUGGGCAGUUACAUCAAGGACCUCUCGGUUGUCCACGGCGACCUGUCCAGCAUCGUCAUCCUGGACAAUUCGCCGGGAGCCUACAGGAGCCAUCCAGAUAACGCGAUACCCAUCAAGUCCUGGUUCAGCGACCCCAGCGACACCGCGCUGCUCAACCUGCUCCCCAUGCUCGACGCCUUGAGGUUCACAGCUGACGUCCGGUCGGUGCUAAGCCGCAACCUGCACCAGCAUCGCCUUUGGUGACGGUGGUUCCUCCUUUCUUCAGGGUUCGGCCCGCAACCUCUGCCUUAUCCCGCCAUCGUGACCCCCUGCCCUCGCCACUCGGACUCUGGUGAAGGUGCUUGGACUCCGCCGGCCAGCAGGGGCUGAGCUGGCCGCGAGCCGGUCUCCCCACUGCGAGCUCGUGGGCACCUUGUUUCCGCUCCCCGCGCCAGCCAGCCAGCCAGCCAGCGACCCUCUGAGCUUCCACUUCCAGGACGGAGUCUGGCCCAGUGACUUAGCAGGGCGGCGUUUGGGGGGCCGGCGCUUUGGCAUGAUGCCAACUGUUUGGGGGCAGAUGUACAAGAAAGGGGGUGAAAAAACCCGCCGCACAAAAGCGUGCGACAGACACUUGAGUCGAGGCCGCAUUUCUCAUUGGAAAGACCGAGCUCCCUGUACAAAGAUCCAAUUUUACUGCUUUUA